GCCAAGGCCCACCCUCGCCCCUCGCCCCGCGCGGCAGGCGGGUCCCGCCGACCGGAGAGAGCCUGGGCGGUCUUUCUAGAUGGCGGCGGCCGGGCGGUGAGGGCCUGCCGUUGUGGUCGGGCUGCGGGCAGCUCGGGGCAGGCCGCGGGCGCCGCAGGUGGAAGAAGAAAGGUGCCACUUUGGCAUGAAGACAGACUUGCUUAGUCGUCAGUCAUUUAAGCUGAGUGCAUUGUGAUUUCCAAUAAUUGAGGCAGUGGUUCUAAAAGCUGUCUACAUUAAUGAAAAGAGCAAUGUGGCCAGCUUGACUAAGCCGCCGGCGUGAGCAGUGCAGGCAGGACGGCGACCGGGUCUCGGCGGACUUGUGCAUGUUAGUGGUAGAGAUUUAUGUGAGGUUUUUUAAAACUCUGGUCUUUUCAAAUAGUCUUAACCACUUUUGCUAUGGAGACCUAUGAGAGUCCCUCUCCUCUCCCGCGUGAGCCCGCAGGAGAAGUGGUGAUGGAGAACCGAGCUUGCCCCCUCCACGUGCUGCCCCGUGAACAGUCUCCACCACCUCCCCUGCAAACGUCCAGUGAUGCAGAGGUAAUGGACGUUGGCUCUGGUGGUGAUGGACAGGCCGAACCCCCUGCUGAGGACCCGCUCAACUUCUACGGAGCUUCUCUUCUCUCCAAAGGAACCUUCUCUAAGGCUCACCUCCUCAUAGACCCGAACUGUAGUGGCCACAGCCCACGCACCGCCCGGCAUGCACCCGCGGUCCGGAAGUUCUCCCCUGACCUUAAGUUGCUUAAGGAUGUAAAAAUUAGCGUGAGCUUUACAGAGAGCUGCAGGAGUAAGGACAGGAAGGUGCUGUACACAGGAGCAGAGCGUGAUGCUCGUGCCGAGUGUGGUUUGGCCCUUAGCCCUGUCAGUGGAGACAUGCAUGCUUGUCCCUUUGGCGGGAGUGUUGGUAACGGGGUAGCCAUAGUGGGUGAGAGUGCUGAUAAGAAGGAUGAGGAGAAUGAGCUGGAUCAGGAAAAGAGAGUGGAGUAUGCAGUGCUCGAUGAGUUAGAAGAUUUUACUGACAAUUUGGAGCUAGAUGAAGAAGGCGCAGGCGGGUUCACGGCUAAAGCAAUCGUGCAAAGAGACAGAGUGGAUGAAGAGGCCUUGAAUUUCUCCUAUGAGGAUGAUUUUGACAACGAUGUUGAUGCUUUGCUGGAAGAGGGUCUUUGUGCUCCCAAAAAGAGGCGAAUGGAGGAGAAAUAUGGAGGAGACAGUGAUCAUCCAUCUGAUGGAGAGACAAGUGUGCAGCCAAUGAUGACCAAGAUUAAAACAGUGCUUAAAAGUCGUGGCCGCCCACCUACAGAACCAUUGCCUGACGGGUGGAUCAUGACAUUCCAUAAUUCUGGAGUUCCUGUGUACCUACACAGAGAGUCUCGGGUGGUCACCUGGUCCAGGCCGUACUUCUUGGGAACGGGAAGCAUACGGAAACAUGAUCCUCCUCUGAGUAGCAUUCCUUGUCUGCAUUACAAAAAAAUGAAAGAUAAUGAGGAGAGGGAGCAGAUCAGUGAGCUCACUCCGAGCGGGGAGGUGUCCCCCAUCAAGCCUCUGAGCCGGUCUGCAGAGCUCGAGUUCCCACCAGAAGAACCCGAGGCCAUGGGAACCGACUCUGGGCCCCCAGAUGAGAAGGACCCACUGGGGACAGAGGCUGCCCCUGGUGCCCUGGGGCAGGUAAAGGCCAAAGUGGAAGUGUGCAAAGAUGAGUCUGUGGAUCUUGAGGAAUUCCGGAACUACCUGGAAAAGCGAUUUGAUUUUGAACAAGUUACUGUGAAGAAAUUCAGGACUUGGGCUGAGCGACGGCAGUUCAAUCGAGAAAUGAAACGGAAGCAGGCUGAGUCUGAAAGGCCCAUUUUACCAGCCAAUCAGAAGCUCAUCACAUUAUCUGUGCAAGAUGCACCCACAAAGAAAGAAUUUGUUAUUAAUCCCAAUGGGAAAUCUGAGGUCUGCAUCCUGCACGAGUACAUGCAGCGUGUCCUCAAGGUCCGCCCUGUUUAUAAUUUCUUUGAAUGUGAGAACCCAAGUGAGCCUUUUGGUGCCUCGGUGACCAUUGAUGGUGUGACCUAUGGAUCUGGAACUGCAAGCAGCAAAAAACUUGCGAAGAAUAAAGCUGCCCGAGCCACACUCGAGAUCCUUAUCCCUGACUUUGUUAAACAGACCUCUGAGGAGAAGCCCAAAGACAGUGAAGAGCUGGAGUAUUUUAACCACAUCAGUAUCGAGGACUCACGAGUCUACGAGCUGACCAGCAAGGCCGGACUGUUGUCUCCCUAUCAGAUCCUCCAUGAGUGCCUUAAAAGAAACCACGGAAUGGGUGACACAUCCAUCAAGUUUGAAGUGGUUCCUGGUAAAAACCAGAAGAGUGAAUACGUCAUGGCCUGUGGCAAGCACACAGUGCGAGGCUGGUGUAAGAAUAAGCGGGUUGGAAAACAGUUAGCCUCUCAGAAAAUCCUUCAGCUCCUGCAUCCACAUGUCAAGAACUGGGGGUCUUUACUACGCAUGUAUGGCCGGGAAAGCAGCAAGAUGGUCAAACAGGAGACCUCAGACAAAAGUGUGAUUGAACUGCAGCAGUAUGCCAAGAAGAACAAGCCCAACCUGCAUAUCCUCAGUAAACUGCAAGAGGAAAUGAAGAGGCUGGCAGAGGAGAGGGAGGAGACACGGAAGAAGCCCAAGAUGUCUAUCGUGGCAUCUGCCCAGCCUGGAGGGGAGCCCCUGUGCACCGUGGAUGUGUGAGGGAGGCGCCAGGCCGGGCGUUCUGGGGAGACCACACCGCUCACUGCAGCUGCAGGCCUCCCAUGUCAGCUCCUCCCCUGUGGCCCGUGUCUGCAGCACGGCCCUGACGGCUGGGGCUCCAGUGGGCACAGGACCAUCCAGGGCACACAGCACUUCCUGGGAGGCCUGCCUGUAGGUGUGAGUGGAUGUGUUCAGGGAUGGACUCGGCCUGGCCAUGCAGGUGAACUUCUGCUUGUAUGGAUUUGCUGCAGACUGUUUUUAUGAAGGGUUUCAUGAAUUUCAAUGUAUGACAUGAACUGACAAAAUGAUAGUUGGAUGACAGAUGAAAUGAGAUAGGAACAGUUGAGUCCCAUGGUCCCCUGUAUCCAGGGUAUUUUCAUGGGCCACACUACAGGGACCCGGUCAGAAGACUCACACUGGCACCCUAAUCCUACGCUGCCUCCUGUUUUCCCCCUUUUCUCUGAAAACAUUAGGAAUAUUUCAAAUCUUUUUGGUUUAAAAUAAACACAAUGUUAGCAAUUAAAUUCUUUUCAGAGAUUGCAGGCAAACUUUUAAGGCAAUUAUUCUUCAGCCUUGAAAUACAUUGCCAGUGUGACUGUGGCCUGCCAGUCUCAUUCUGACCGAUGCCCUGGCCGUUCCCGAGGAAGUCUCGUUGCCUGAAAGCACGCCUUCUUAGACACAAGGCUUCCCACCUUCACUGGCCUCUAGCAACUUUUUACCGAAGAUUUUUGCACAGUCAAGUCCAUCUGUCCACCCCAUCGAUUUUUAAAGCUUUUAUGAUAUUUUAGCAUUUGGAAAGAAACUUUUACAGUGAGAGUAGAAGAUAGAUUUGGAAUCAUGUAGCAGAUAUAAACAAUGCAUUUUAGCAUGUGGACUUAUUUAAGAAGAAACAAGACCUUCAGCACUAUCCUUCCCGAUCACAAACUGGCGCUCUUCUGGAGCUCGGCAGAAUGCUCCCUGGGGAUGGCGAGCCCAGGCUGCCAGGCCUGGCAGCUGCUUGCUCCUGCCCAGCAGUUUGUGUUCUGCAGGUGGCUGCUGUCCCAGGUGUGGUAGAGCUGGCCCUGCCUGAGGCCUUGGGCAUAUGGGUAUGCCCUUGGCCCUGGGCACCCUCUCGUAUGAGGUGGUGGUAGUCAGCAUUGGCUCCCUGCCCCCAUUGUUUCCCCUGUGGGUAGUGUUGACGGCAUUCGUUUCCAGGAACAGAUUGUCGGCCUUGUGGGCCACCUACAGCGUACCCCCCCUCCACCUAUGUGACCAGGGUCAGCGCUCUCUGAUGACCUUUAGAAAACAGUACCCUCCAAUGAAGUUGCUAUAAUUAGACACUGCUUCUAUCUUGCCUCCUGUCUGCUGCUGUGAAAAAAAUCAUUUGAUCAUGACUGUUCACCCUGAAAACAGCCAGAUGUGCCAUCGUGAACCAAAGCUGUGUGCACCUGUUACUAAAGCGGGAGCCUGCCAUGGCAGCUGAGUCUGCUGUUCUGCCACAUGUGGGACAGGAGGCAGGGCAGCUCUGGCCUGUUGUUUACCUCCCAAGCACAGCUGGACCACAGCUGGAAGGGUGAGCCCUGAUUCUCUGAAUGCAUAAAGCAAAAUGUCCAAGAGGGAA